CUUUACAUUUUAAUUAAAAAUGAGCCAACCUCACGGAUCUUCAAUCAUCAGCAAAGAUAAUCCAAAUCAAGCUCCUACCCGCAAUCCCACUAAUGUCUUUACAGACUUAUUGUUCUCAACCUUUUACACUGUUAUUGGAUAUGUAUGUCUAGAUGUGGUUUUUGGGAUUAGUUUACAUUAUAUAGCAUAACAUAAUGAGCCAUGUUCUGUCUCAGGAUUAGGAUUUGCCUAUACUAUUGUAAACGUGUUAUUGAUUCCUAUGGCUUUUGGUAAUCCUUCAUCUAAUUCUCAUAGGAACCAAUCAAUCUCUUAAUGUUCAUUCUGCUCAAGCCUUAGGAGCAAACAAACCAAAACUAGCAUAAACAUAUUUUACAUUAACUAUUCUCAUACAUUUGUUAUACUUUAUCCCCUUCUCAGGUACUUUCUUAAGAAAUUAAUAGCAAUUCUGAUCCUGAUUAAACCUAUCAUUGCUUUGACAAUAAAUGAAAAAGAUAGGGAAGCUACAUCAGACGCCUCAUAAAUUUAUCUAUACUAUUUACUCCCUUCAACUCUCUUUGCCAUUCUAUAUGAAUGCAUCAAAAGUUUCAUGAUUUCAAAUAAAGUAUAGCAUUUCUUUUUGAAUAUUAGAUCUUCGCUGUCUUCAUGUAUAUUUAAUUAUUUACAGCCAUUAUUCAUCUAUUCUGGUGUGAGUUAUUCAUUAAUUAUCUGGAUAUUGGUGGAGGAAUACCAGGAGCAGGUUUAGCCAUCAUAUGCACUGAAGUUCUUAAUUUUAUUCUUUGUAUUUUUUUAAUCAUUUGUACCAGAUAUCGAAGAUAAGUAUUUUCAAAUUACAGAUUUAAAUUUUCAUUUAAGAGAUAAAAGAAUAUUUUUAAAAGCUUUUUAAAAGAGUCAUUUCCAAUAAUUGCACAUAUAUAUGCUGAUUUUUUUGUUUUUUUUUUACUUACCUUUAUUGCUGUUGGAUUUGGAUCUGAUGAAUUAAAUGCCUAAAUGGCUUUAUCAAAUACUUCAACAUUUUAUUAUAGAUUUCCUAUGUCAUUAUCACUCGCUCUUAUGACUUUUGUUGGAAAUGAAAUGGGUGCUAGAAAUUUAUAAAGAGCCAAAAGAUAUUCAUUGGUUGGUGUUGUCUUAUUUGUCGGAUUCACCACUAUUUUUAUGGUUGGGUUAACUUUCAUAAAAGAAAUUUGGUGUAAUUUUUAUUCAGCAGGAAGAUAAGAAAUAAAUGACAUAAUGUUAGAAGUAUAUCCUAUUUUUGUUUUUGGUUUUUUUGUUAUUGAUGGUCUACAAGGGACAUUAACUGGAAUUCUUAAAGGAAUUGAUCGAAAAGAUUUUGUAACUUACUCUACACUUUUGGUGUAUUAUUUAAUAGGAAUACCAUUAUUUUUAUAUUUUGCUUGUGGUUUUGGUUUAGGAUUAAAAGUUUAUGGAAUCUGGCUAUCUUUUAGCCUUGUUAAUGCACUUUUGGCUAUUUUAUAUUUAAUUUUAACUUUUACCACUAAUUGGCAGCAAAUGAGCGAAAGAAUAUGUUCAAGAAUCGAAAAACAACAUGCUAUGCAAAACUUACAUGAUUCUUUGAAUAAAGUAAUUGUAGAAAAUAAUAUUAAAGAGAAGAAGAAUAAGACUAAGAGAAAAAAGGCACAUGUAAAAGUUUUUAUCUAUUAAUUUAGUCAUAAAAUACAAAAUAGAAAUAAAAUGAAGAAGCAUCAACUUAAUCCAACUAUUAAAAAUUAAUAUCAAAUUAAAUAAGAUUAAGAGGAUCAGAUAACGAAGGAAUGUAAUAUAGUCUUUAAGAGGCUCAACCAAGUAAGUUACAAAAAACUAUUAUUGUCGAACAGCUGACAAGUCUUUCUUGA